AGUGCGCUGUCAGCUGCGCUGUAAAAAUGCUACCAGCGGUCCAAAACAUCUAAAUUGCAUGUAGCAUACUAAGCAGUUGACUUUAAGUACUUAUGCCAAGCUAAACCAGUUAUUCUUAGUAUGUAUAGAUUACUGGAGAAUGGACGCCAAAUGAUAGAUCAAAAAAUAUAUAAUUUGUCUUAUCAGCAGAGAUCUUCCUUGUACGAAGCGAGUCAGUAAAACAGCAAACUUUGAGAAAUCAUUUUGAGAUGGCAAGUGAUCGCAUAGCCAUUCUGUCAGAGGAUGAGGAGGAGCAGAAGAGGAGAUAUGUACUGGCAGAACCAUUCAAUACUCUGUCUCUGGGGCAAGCAGGAAACAGCACUCCCCCCAGCGACCCCCUGCCCCCUGCCUCCUCCGAGACUCCACCCCCACAGUCCUCUCAGUCCACGGACUGCCUGGAGCGAAUAUGCCUAAGGAUCAAUAGGCGCCUCUUAAUCUCAAAGGUCUUCUACUUCUUCUUCUAUGCCGCAUACGGGUCCUUGCAACCACUUCUGGCUGUGUACUACAAGCAAUUGGGCAUGUCUCCCAGCCAGAGCGGCCUGCUGGUUGGCAUCCGCUACUUCAUCGAGUUCUGCAGCGCACCCUUCUGGGGAGUUGUGGCCGACCGCUUUAAUAAGGGCAAGGCAGUCCUGCUCUUCUCUGUGUUCUGCUGGGUGGUGUUCAACUGCGGCAUUGGCUUUGUGAAGCCGGCAGCCAUGACCUGCGUAGAGAACAAACCAUACAUUACUCCAUCAGCAAACACUACACAGCUUGGCCCAUCUAGAAACCUAACCAGGAAACGCAGAUAUUUGAUUGGGGAUUUGUUUUUGCUGCCCCAGCCAAUUCAGGGUCUGUCUGGGGCUUAUGACAUCCACAGGAGGUAUGUAAGAAGUGAAAAUGGAAGUGUCAUGGGUACAAAUUAUGCAAACACUAACAUUACAUAUGGUGGCAGCACCGCGCGGCCUAUCAGUUCAAUGAGAGAAUCCACCUCUGCCACCUCCACUUCAGCUACCUCCACCACCACCACUUCAACGACCUCCUCUACCUCUCUGUCCUCCACUACCAGGUCUGAAAUGUUCACCACCGUUUACAACAAAAAACAGGUAGACGCCAUCUUCCUCGUGAUUCUACUGGUCAUCAUCAUUGGGGAGUUCUUCAGCGCUCCAGCAGUGACCAUUGUGGACACGGUGACCUUGCAGUACCUGGGCACACACCGCGACCGCUAUGGCCUCCAGAGGAUGUGGGGCUCUCUGGGCUGGGGCAUUGCCAUGCUGUUGGUGGGCAUCUCCAUUGACCACACGCACAUCACCCUCACCAUCGAAGGGUCCGGGUGUGACUCUCCAGACUACAAAAACUACCAGAUCGCUUUCAUCGUUUUUGGGGUGCUAAUGACCCUGGCCCUCAUCGUCUCUAUGCAGUUCCAUUUCGAUGGCAGGGACCAGCAGCCAGGGGUCAAGACAGCCAAUGGGCAGGUGAAGCCAGAGGAGGUAGAAAUUCCCCACGUGGUCCAGAACGUGGCCGAGUCCAGCUUGGAGGAAGCCCCGGUGUGCCCGGAACCACGCCCUGGCCCGACGUUCCCCUACAGGGACCUGAUCCGGCUGCUGUGUGGGAUCCAUUAUGGCUCUGUGCUCUUCGUGGCCUGGUUCAUGGGCUUCGGUUACGGCUUCGUGUUCACCUUCCUCUACUGGCACCUGGAAGACCUGAAGGGGACCACCACGCUGUUUGGAGUCUGCGCUGUGCUCAGCCAUGUCUCAGAGCUCACUGCCUACUUCAUCAGUCACAAGCUCAUUGAGCUGGUUGGGCACAUCAGAGUACUGUACAUCGGCCUGGCAUGCAACACCGCCCGGUACUUGUACAUCUCAUACCUGCAGAAUGCUUGGGUCGUUCUACCCAUGGAAGUCCUUCAAGGUUUGACACACGCAUCAGUAUGGGCAGGGUGCAUCUCGUACCUGAGUGCAGCGGUUCCUCCAGCGCUUCGUACAUCGGCACAGGGCAUACUGCAAGGCCUGCACCUGGGCCUAGGGCGGGGCUGUGGAGCCAUGGUGGGAGGGGUCUUCGUGAACUGCUUUGGUGCUGCUGAAACUUUCAGGGGCUUAGGGAUGGCUUCCCUCGUCAUUCUGCUCAUCUUUGCCCUUAUUCAGAGUCUUAUUGGCCAGAAUGAUAGAAGACAAUCGAUGCUGGCUGAGAACAUUCCAGUGCCUUCCAGUCCUGUGCCCAUCGCUACUAUCAGCUUAGCGCAGAACCAGGAGGAAUCCGUGCCGAGGACGGAAACUAAGGCCCCUGCACAGAAGACUGGGUAUCAGGAACAACAGGAGGAUGUGAGCAGGCCUGGUUGGGUGGUGUCCACUUCCCCCUGGGUCAGCAUUGCCUUUGCCCUCUACCAGAUCAGAGAUAUUGUGGCCAAGACAAAGGACAACCCCACCGCAGGAGAAGAGACCACACAGGUGAGCUGUGAACAGGAGUCCACAGCGACAUCUUGUGGGGAGUCCUCAUCACAUUCCAGUGAGUCUACCAGCCCACAAGUGCAGUCUUCUGCAUCGGAGGAUCUUGAUCAGCCUGUUUCUGAGCCCACUGUGGACCCUGGCAGUUUGGCUGAAGACCCACCUCUCCCAAAUGAGCAGACUGUAGAAACCACAGAUCAAUCACAAGAGUGUCCUAUACCACUAUCCCAAAAUAACCCCUUUAAAAAAUGAACUCUCAGAUUGAGGGUCAAAUCUAUUUGUCCAUAAUGGAAAUGGAUUUAUAAUAUAAACACUGGAUACAGUAUGAAGUUAUGAACUUUUGGAUCAAAGAAGUAAUGCCAGGUUUAUCUGUGCAAGGGCUUGGGUGUUUAUGCUUUGCACUGCCAAUGGUUUUAUAGCACUAGCCCCUUAACUGUAACCUCGUCUGGAGUGCUCAAGUCCCAAAGUGCAGCUUGGAACACACUGUGAUUUGAGCCUGUAUUUGCUGUAACAGAAGAGUGAGGCUCAGAGCACACCAACCCAGCACACACCUGCAUUCUGCUGGUGGUAGAUAUCUUUAGAAUGUUCAUUAAAAUAACUGACAAGUCAUAUUAACCAGCCUGAACAGGGAGGACAGUUCCUGCAGUAAUACACAAGUACAGAUAGUCUGUCCAGUAUUUGGGCUCUUUGAGCAUAUUUUUAGCAAAUGUAAGAUCAGUGUGCUCUGGAUUAGACCCUUGCUUCACUCAAUAGUGAAAUCUAUAAGAUGAGUGGCCCCCUGAUCCCAGUUACUUCAACUGUGUAGUGCAGCUCUGACUUGACUUACAGAUUGACUCCUUAGUACUGUUUCUUGGCUUUAACAAAGGAGAAGACAAACUCCUGUACAAUGACUGCUCACUAAUUAUAUUCUCUGGUAAUGUUUUUGAUGAGGUGCCCAUAAUAUUCAUUAUAUAUAAUCAUAUUUUAAGGAUGGUUAUAGCAGAAUUUCAGGAGCAGACUCCAAAACUGUUUCACAGUAUAAAAACCAGUAUGGUAUGACCUGAGUUUAUACAUGCUCAUGAAGGUUCUGUGCAUACUGAAACUACACACAUCCAUCUUGAAUGUAUAACACAAAUGCUCCAAUAAAAUGUAGUGGUUUCAGGUA